AUGUCGCACUCGAUCCAUACCUACGGCCCUACGUGCCGCCUUACUGGAAAUGUGGCCUUAUCGAACUCACGAAACGACGAUGACAUUCCAUAUCUGAAGGCUCAGUUCUUCUAUUCCUCACCGCUACCUAUCGAUGACCCACUCUCGGUCGUGCCGCCGCCGCAGAGCGGAUCCGACGUCAAGUCUGCGAAACACCCACUUCGCCCAUUCUCGGCAUAUGAUAACAAUGCUCUGGAGGAGGCAUGGAUGGGUGUUGCCUCUCCAAGGGAUGGGGAUAGUAAGACGAAGAGCACGGCCACACAACUAGCUGGGAAAGAUGGGAAGGAGGGACAUCCUGCCAGAGUAUCUACGCUUGUUACAGAGCACGCCAGAAGGUCUAGGUCAGAUUCAUUAGGCGAGAGUUCAAGAAAUGCCAUCAGCGAUCAAGGAGGGUUUAAACAAGAUGUUGCCCGUGACACACGUCUCAGGGAAAGAUUCGAGGGGAGAGAAGAUCGUAGAUCCUCAAGCCAACCCGUCGGCUCAACCUCCUCAUCACUCCCUAGUCAAAGUGGAACUGGUACAACAGGGCAGCCAUUCAUAAAGUUCGAUUCGGCGAAAGACAAGCCCAAAUCGCGAUACUCUUGGACCCCUACUCGCGACCUAACCGACAACAGCGGCUAUCAAAGCGACUCACGAGAAACCGGCGGAUCUGGCCGAGCGUCGCCUGAAACUUCGGAAGCUCCUACUAGCAAAAUGGAGAAUGAUUACGCAGACGUUCCUGUGGGUAUCUCCAGGCUCCAUCUCGUGAAAGUUCCUGCUUUGCAAAUGCAUCCCAUUUACUGGUCCCCGGUCCAUGAUCUGGCCGCUGUAACUCGUGGAACUUGGUUCUAUAAGGAUUCCAUGUAUCCUGUUGAGCCCGCUGUCGCAAAUCAGCUCGAGUUUGGCUACCGGGAGCUUAGACCGUGGUCAAAAACAUGGAAUGAUGAACUGAACAGUGCGAUAUAUGUGGGGGCAGCUGGCGAGGAGAAGAUAGCCCAUCGUCUAUGGCCACAGGAAAUAGAUUCGAAACGAAAUUCACAAAUCAGCAGUGGCUCCCACGUCUGCACCGAUCCAUAUAGUGCUGCAGAGUGUUUUCCUGGAGAGGCUGCUGCUGAGGGGACGAUCGAUCUUGAGAAGUCACAGCCCAAACCCGCGACUAAGAGGUACUCCAGCGCUCAAGUAAUUUACAAGGACGCUCAGAGCGCUUUCAUUCUAAAACCAACCCUACAGCCUUCUGCGUAUUAUGGCCGAAAACCGUUACAGAAGAUCAAAAGAGGCAUGACUGUUGGAAUCCACGUUGUUCGCGGGUUUGAUUGGAAAAUGUGGGAGAAACUUCAUCCUUCAAAGAAGCGGAACAAUACGAAGGCUGCCGAGCUCGCCCCGGUAUCUGGUGAUGCAGAUGCUGCCAAAAAUAACGCCUGCUCAGCUUGCCGGGCACAGGAGGAGCGACCUAAGGUUACAGAUCUCGUCCUAGUUAUUCAUGGGAUUGGCCAAAAGCUUUCCGAGCGAGUAGAGAGCUUUCAUUUCACUCACGCCAUUAAUACGUUCCGUCGCUCGAUCAAUGUGGAACUUGCGAAUGAAAAUGUUCAGCGUGUACUCCGCAAGGAUCUCGACGGGAUCAUGGCGCUACCUGUGAAUUGGAGGUCGAAUCUAUCAUUCGAGGACGGAGGUCCGAGAAAAGAUGGGGACGAAGACCGCUUUGAUUCUGAAUUUUCUUUGAAAGACAUCACACCCAACACUAUUCCAGCUGUUCGAAACCUCAUUUCGGAUGUGAUGCUUGACAUUCCAUUUUACAUGUCGCACCACAAGCCGAAAAUGAUUCAGGCAGUUAUCAGCGAGGCAAACCGAGUUUACGGGCUAUGGUGCAGGAAUAACCCCGAAUUCCACCGUGAAGGCCGGGUCCAUAUUAUUGCCCAUUCUCUCGGAAGUGCUAUGGCGGUCGAGAUUUUGAGCAAUCAACCGACCACUAUCCCAAGGAUUCAGCCCCAUAGCAACGAAGUCAAUACCAAGCAUUUUGAUUUUAACACCACAAAUGUCUUCUUCGCUGGAAGUCCGGCAGGUUUCUUCUUGCUUCUGGAAAAAGGCAAACUAGUCCCUCGUAGAGGUCAAUGUAAACCCGGUGCUGAGCCAGGCGAUGAUCAAGACAAGGACAUUGUCGGCGAAGUUGGAACGUUCGGUUGUAUAGCCGUUGACAAUAUUUACAAUAUCAUGCAUUACAAUGAUCCGAUCGCAUAUCGUCUCAAUGCUACAGCCGAUCCUCAAUACGCUGCAAGCUUAAAAGAUGCUCAAGUGCCAAGCGCGACAGCUAGCUUUUUUCAAAGCAUCGGAAAUGCCAUGCGGUCCAUAACUCCUGGUAUGGCUGCACCCGGAGACCUUGCUGUCGGACAAGUUCCGAGACCCCCAGCUAUAGCCCGACUCCCGUCUCAGUUGGAAUUGGAGGUCCAUGAUUUCACACGAGAGGAGAUUGCAGAGAAGGUAUUCUUCCUGCUGAACGACAACGGCCAAGUGGAUUGGUUUCUCAGCUCUGGCGGCGGACCGCUCGAGAUCCAGUAUCUCAAUAUGCUAAGUGCGCAUAGUAGUUACUGGGGAAGUUCCGAUUUUAUUAGAAUGAUUGUGACUGAGGUAGGAAGGCAGCCGGGGAAGAAUCACGUCCUGCCGAAUAUGAAAGCUGUCAAAGUUAGUCCAAGGGACAGUAGAAGAUAG